CUCGCCGGUUUCGACCAGGUUAAUCAAGGCGCGUGGUUCACGUGUUUGUUUUUUUCCAGACUAACCUCAAAUUUACGGCGGCGCGUACCAUCCAUCACGCGUUCAGUUGCACGUGUAAACGUUAUUUUUAUUUUAUUUUUACUUAAAACAUGGAUAAUUCAUUGACCAAGGAGAAAAAGAAGAAGAAAUCUAAAGGGGACAAACUAGCAGAGAUCCAAAGAGAGUCUCAUUUCCAGCUUGAAAGUUCAGAAAUCACACCAAAACUAGACACGUCUCAAUGGCCUUUGCUUCUUAAGCACUUUGAUCGCCUCAAUGUAAGAACAAACCACUACACCCCAAUACCGUCGGGGGCCAGUCCCCUUAGACGUGAGCUAUCUGAAUAUAUUAAGUCAGGAUUUAUUAAUUUGGACAAACCAAGCAACCCGAGUUCACAUGAAGUGGUCGCUUGGAUAAAGAGAAUUUUAAAAGUUGAAAAAACUGGACAUUCUGGUACACUUGAUCCUAAGACUACCGGUUGUCUUAUUGUUUGUAUAGAGAGAGCCACUAGAUUGGUUAAAUCACAGCAGGCAGCAGGUAAAGAGUAUGUGACAGUAUUUAAGCUACAUGCCCCAAUAGAAGGUGGCAUCAAAAAAAUAAAACAGGGCCUCGAAAAGUUGAAGGGAGCUCUAUUUCAGAGACCUCCAUUAAUUUCUGCAGUAAAAAGACAGCUCAGAGUGCGUACUGUGUAUGAUAGCUUGUUGUGUGAUUAUGACGAAAGCAGAAAUUUAGGAGUAUUUUGGGUUAAAUGUGAAGCAGGUUCAUAUAUUCGUACCAUGUGUGUUCAUUUGGGACUGGUGUUAGGUGUUGGAGGUCAAAUGUUGGAACUCAGAAGAGUGCGAUCCGGCAUUCAGGGAGAAAUGGAUGACACUUCAACGUUACACGAUGUAUUAGAUGCACAGUGGCUUUAUGAGAAUCACAAGGAUGAAACGUUCCUUAGGAGGGUGAUAAAACCAUUGGAAGGGCUUUUGGUUAACCAUAAGAGGAUCAUUAUGAAGGACAGUUCAGUAAAUGCUGUAUGUUAUGGCGCCAAAAUCUUGUUACCUGGUAUUCUAAGGUACGAUGAUAACAUAGAGCUAAACGAAGAAAUUGUCAUUGUCACCACAAAGGGAGAGGCUGUAGCUUUAGCCAUAGCUCUGAUGACUACCGCUACUAUCGCUUGUUGUGAUCACGGUAUAGUUGCCAAAAUCAAAAGGGUCAUCAUGGAAAGAGACACAUAUCCCAGAAAAUGGGGCUUGGGGGCUAGAGCGAGUCAGAAGAAAGUUCUUAUUGCCAAAGGGCAGCUAGACAAGUAUGGAAGACCGAAUGAGAGCACUCCAAAGGAGUGGCUAAAUAGCUAUGUGGAUCUUGCUGGUAAACAGGAAGUGAAAAAAGAGGUCACUGAAAGCCAGACAUCCGAGAGUAGCGCGGAAGAAACUAAAAAACGUAAACAUAGCGUUUCUGCCGAUACAUCUCAAGAACUUCAACAAGAGACCGAGGUAGUGACCCCGGUGAAGGAAAAACACAAGAAAAAGAAGCAUAAGCAAGAGUCGCAAGAGGUUUCUGAAGAAACCAGCGCCAGUCAACCAGCUGAAGACAGCAACGCCGAGGUGGAGAUUAAAAAAGAGAAAAAGAAGAAAAAGAAAAAAUCAAAAGACAGGGACCAAGAGCAGGCCGAAGAUGCGGAGUAGAUACUUGUGCGAUCAAGCAUAAGUAGACGACAGUGGGCUCAGGAUUUAAUUUUCUACUUUAAGUGCAAAAAUUGUUAAAAUAUUAAGAGGUACUUUUUGUAUAAAUGAUUCUUAUGGGGGGGUUUUGCAUAUUUUUUUACUGCAUGAACCAUUCAUUUUCAGCUUAGGAGUGGGUAUUGAUUACCCACAUUUAAAGAAAUGUAUUAAUAUGUUAAUCCAAUACAUAUUUUACAGUU